GAUUUAUGCGUUGAGUGCGUAUGAAUAUAACUGCGCAUGCAGAAUCAUUUGAGGCAGUUAACCUGAAAAUACGCAAAGCAUAAGGAUGAAAAUAAAUGUAUAUCAUUUUGUGUGGCUUCUAUGGCUCUACGAUAAAGACAAAUUAAUCGCAAAAGGGGAGGUAACAAACCAUGUGAACGGAAAUGAUGUGUCUGCAGUCUUUCCCGACGAGGCGUGGCCGCGUGUCGAGGACGCACAGACCGUCAACAACCGCUCCUUGGAAAUACCGGAAGUUCGUGACAACCCGGUCGUUUCCGAUGUGACGGCAGUGUUCGAAGAGGUAGAGGUCCGCAUCGAAGGUCGCGUUGACGCGUUCCCAGAACACUCAUACCAGUGGAGGAGUGAGGAUGGCAUCCUACUCCAAGCGGAACAAAUCCUGCAGACGAUACCGGUCGCCAGCGACAUCCUCCCUCUGUCCGGCUAGAUGCGCAGCAGACGUUACCGGUUGCCAGCGACAUUUACCCUUUAUCCGGCUACAGGCGUUUUAAUGCGAAAACUUGUUGUGUACACCAGCUCUGCUUUACCCUAUUCUGAUACUAACGACCAUGAUACACCAAAGCGCGGCUGAUUAACAUGAGUUUGGCCUAGAAGCACUUUUAUUAACAAUUUAGAUAACUUAAUGACUGGAAUAUACAUAACAGAGUGGUCUUCAUUGGAUCUAAAACGAUGUAGCUAAUCGGAUUACUUGUUAUUAAAUACUGACCAAUAGAGUGAAUGAAGUCAAAAAUGUAUGACCAUAAGAUUGACUAAACUCUCAUAAGGAAUACCACCCCAGGGGCAGUGAUUACGAACAGUCUCAAGGCUGAGUUCAGACCCAAGACUCAAUAUGACAAAACUUAAUUUCAUUGUAUCUUUCCUUCUAGCAAAGCAUAGUUGGUGAAAUUUGCUCAAAUACUACUAAUUGAGUGUUGUUCUAUUGUUUACAUUUAUUUUUGUAAAAGAAAUGGAAUAAAUAAGAUUUUUUGUUCCUUCAUAAAAAAGCUUUUUUGACUUCGAGUCUAGACUUGGACUUGAGACUGUUUAUAAUCAUAGCCCCAGGCACUUUUUGAGAGUUAUAAUAUACCCAACGGCCAAGCCUUUAACUGGGUUACAGUUGAUGACAUGUAAACGGUGCGCUCUGGACAUCAUGUUGUAAUUCCAUUUGUUGACGUAAUAACUAUUUUACCCUGUGGUAAACACUAACAAGGACCCGGAUUAAAUUUUAUUGCAAAUAUACGUGCUUGAAAUAACUUCCUUGUUUUCUAUAUAUAUGAGCAAAUAAAUAAAUAAAUUAUUAAAUGCAA